GAAAGGGCAGUGGGGGGUGGCCGGCUGGACGGUUCAGGAGGGCUCUGCGGACUGGGUCGCCGGCGCUGGGACACCCUGAAAGCGGAGCGGCGGGGCGCCCGGAGGUGAAGGGGUUGCGCCCUUCCGGCCUAGUCAUGCUCGGUUGGAGGCUGCUGGCUCGGACCGGCGCCCGGGUGCUGGACCGCGGCGCGGGCGGCCUGGGCGCUGCCCGGGGCUCGGAGAACAGAACAGACAUCUGGCUUUUGGUUAGAAGUCUUCAUGGCAAGAGUGGUACUUGGUGGGAUGAGCAUCUUUCUGAAGAAAAUGUUCCCUUUGUUAAGCAGUUGGUCUCUGAUGAAAAUAAAGCCCAAGUAGCAAGUAAACUCUGUCCUCUGAAAGAUGAGCCGUGGCCUAUACAUCCUUGGGAACCAGGUUCCUCUAGAGUAGGCCUUAUUGCAAUGAAGUUAGGCAUGAUGCCCUUAUGGACCAAAGAUGGUCAGAAGCAUGUGGUCACAUUACUUCAGGUACGAGACUGUCACGUCCUAAAAUAUACUCCAAAGGAAAAUCAUAAUGGAAAAAUGGCAGCCCUGACUGUAGGAGGAAAAACUGUAUCACGUUUCCAUGUAAGGGCGCACUUUCAUUCCUAGAAUAGUGCAUUUCACUAGUUUUAGACCUGAAUUCUUUGAGAUUCUGAAUUCUUUUAAGUUUUGAGGAUAUCCCAUAGCCACAGACUUGUCCAGGAGGUGAACUGUGGAUUUGGAGGGAGGCAGUCUGAUAGAGCUACUGACCGCAGGAGUCUGGGAGACUUUGAGUUUGCUGUCUGGAACACUGUCUGGAACAAGUAACUUCACCUUCUAAGCUUCAGUAUUUGCCCAGAUGUAAAAUGUGGAUAAAAAUACUACUUACCUAAUAAGAGGUUUGGUACCAGGGUUACGUGAGACUUUUCACAUGUGCCUGGCAUGUAACAGACACUCAAAAGAUGGUAGCUAUUUGAUUAUUUUGUGGUUGUUUUAUGUUUAUUUUCAUUUUUUUUUCUAAAUUGUCUCAACUCUUGACUCCAACAGCAUGUGAGGAUUAAUUUUUCAUAUAUUAGAAGUUUUCAGUGUUGGGAAGAAAGCUGUGUAUGAAGUCACAUCAGAUUUUUCUGAAUAAAGUGUAUUUCCCAAGUAGAAUACUAAUAGAAUGCUGAGUUUGUAGUUUAAAUGUGAAAAAAAGUCUGCACAAUUAGUAUUUUGGGGGGGUUGGGGAUGACUGAAAGCAGAGAAUGCCUUUCUAGAAAUGGUGAUGGUUUUCACUAAUGGCUGCUAAAACAUCUUUAGGUUUACUAAAAUGUUGCUUGUCUCUAGAUUAACAUUUUUCCAUUAUAAAUUAUUUAUGAAAUGAACAUGAAUGAAAGUUAGGAGACAACCUGUUCUGUGCAGCUGUCAAAACUAACAAGUGUUUAUCGAUUGCCUCCUAUUUCCUUGUCAUAGUUAACUUUUGAGCACUUAUUACAUGCUGGGUAUGUAGGCAUUAAGUCUUUUACAUUUAUUAACUUACUUUUUCAGACUCUAAAGAUAACGAAGUUAAGUAACUCCCUCAGGGACACCCACCAAUAAGAGGUAGAGUGACAGACUCUGAAAGCCUUACUUUGUUAAUUGUGUCUUGAUAUCCACCCUUUGGGAAUACAUAGGGAAGGUGGACUAAUAAAUUGACUAUCUCAACACAGUACUAUAAGUGCAACAAGCACAUUGGCCAAUUCUGCUUGUGGGAAUCCUAGGAGGUUUCACAGGGAGGAGACCAGAAAGGAGGGUGGGUGCUAAAGGCAUGCCAGGCAGAGUGGGCUCUGCAGAAGCAGAUGCAUGGAAGAGCAUUGGUGCUUGGAAAGAGAAGGGCCGUAUGUCUGGAUCUUAGUGUGCAGUCGGGGAGAAUGUGAUAAAGGUGUGACAGGUGGGGUUGUCAGGAUGGAGGGCUAACAAGUUUAGACCUCAUCAUGUAAACUUUGAGGAACUUUCUGAAUUCUUUAACCAGGGCAGUGGUCAAAUUGUUAUCAUGGUUAACUAAAUUAGAAGAUGCCAGGUGCAGGGAGGACGUUUAGGAGGUUGUUUUAAGCCCUCAGGGAGAGUUGAUAAAAGUCUUUUGCCCCAGAGCAGUUGCAUUGGGCUUGGAAGAGGCAGGGAUUAUAAAAAACCAGGUGAGUGUGAGUGUGUGGGAAGAGAACCCAGCAGGUCAGUGCUCAUGCCAUGACUUGGGACAGGGACAAGGAAAGGGAUGCUUUGGAGGAAAGACGUGUUUAAAGUGUUUAAGAAAAUCCAGGUGGAAUUGUCCUAUAAGUAUAUACUGAUCAGCAAAUUGGCGCUGAUUGGAGUCCUGUGGUUUAAUAGGCCUAUCUCGUAAGUAUUAGAGGACUUAGCUAUUUUUGCAUAUUAUGGUAGUAUAGUUAGUUUAUUUUUCAUUAAGCCUUCAUAGUAAUAUCUGCUAUUCCUGACAGAUUAUUGCCUAAUAAUUACAGGGUUCAGAUAAUACCACAGUAAUUAAAAGCACAAUGUGAUAUUUUGGGAAACAUUUUUUAAAAAUGUCAAAUGUUUGAAUUUUUAAGUGUGUAAAUAUUUGCCCAACUUCCUGUGAAUCCUGUGAACAGUUCUUCAGUUUGAUAGACACCUCUGUUUUCUAAUUGAUUGUAUUUCUGUGUUUUGUUAGGACUGUCAUCUUUAUUUCAUUACUAAUUUUGUAAAUUUAUGACUCUACAGCCUUGGUAUUUGUAAGUCAGGUGUCCUGUUGGGAUAAUCCAUUCUGCUUCAGCCUAUUUGUGAACAUUACUUCCUUGGGACUGCGGUAGUGGGAAAUGAGUGGACCUGGGAUCAGAAGAGCUGAGUUCUUCCAUGGCUGCCAGUAGCUCCUUCACUCCACCUUUUUGAACAGCCAUUUUCUUACCCAUGAAGACAAGGAAUUGGACUUGAUGGUCUCUGAAUUCUCUCCCAGUUCUAAGUCUCACAUUGGUUCUCAAAUAUUUUAGUUUUUAAGAAAAAACAAAAGUUCCCCUCCAAAAAUGAACUUGUCAGCUCAAUUUAUUCUAUUUUACUUAGUGAUAAAGAUAAUCUUAUUGAUGAAGUCUUAUUAACAUAAUAACUAGGGCUUCCCUUGUGGCGCAGUGGUUGAGAGUCCGCCUGCCGAUGCAGGGGAUACGGGUUU